AUGACAUUAAGCAUCAAUACGCUUCAAGGUAAAGAACUCAACAAAUCAAACGUUUGGGUGAUUGAUUCGCAGACUGUUUCAUCAAGAGCUUCAUCGACCAUGAACUUUGAACUGAAUUUUUGUUGUCAAGAAAUUGAUUCUGAACAUAGUGGGGCGAUAACUACAAAAGCGUUACGAGAGUUGAACAACUUUCUUUAUAAAGAAAUUCACUAA